AUGCAUGAACUUGUGAAGAGCAUAUUUGGUUGUCCAGCAGAGUUAUGCUGUGUUCAGUAUGGAAAGGCUAUCCUUCAUUACAGCCAGUUGUCAAAAUAUCCAUUGAGAGAAAUACAUUUUGUUGACAAAAACUUGGACAUAAUUUCCCAUAUACAAGAAGCAUUUGCAGCUAUGAUGCCAGGAGAAAGAACGUCAAGGCUUUACAAGCCAGUGGAUGUUAAAAAGCAGACAGCUAGAGACCAAAACAGAAGAAAAGAUAAAGGUGCAAUAGAUGGACAGAAGCAUAAGACUUUAGAUAUUGAAACUGCUGGACCUGAAAUCAAAAAUAAGGCUUACCCUUUGACCAGUAACAAUAGGAAUCAAAGAGAAAAACCACUUGCACAAGGAUAUCCUUAUAUUCAUUAUGAAAAGCCACUUGGACAUUACAAAGAGACUUUUACUUGCCAUCUUGGUCAAGGACAAGUGGUUUAUGUAUAUUCAACAAAUUUAUUAACUUUGCAAAAGAUUGAGAUGAUUGCAUGUGGGGAUGUCCCUGCAGGGAAUGGACAUGGCGCUGUCACAAAAAAGCUGAUUGAAAUGGGAGGGAAAGACUACAAGAAAGCUAAAGAGAAUGCUUUCAGAUCAAAAUUUGUUACCAAUGGAAGUGUGGUUAUCUGUAAUGGUGGUAACAACAACUUCAGAUUUGUUGCUCAUGCAAUUUUGACUCCAUGGAAAAAGUCAGAUACAGAGAAGGAGAGAAGGAAAGCUGUAACCUCAAUAUUUACAGAGAUAUUUCAUGGGAUGAAGCAAUGCAAAUGCCAUUCAUUAGCUUUACCUCUUUUAGGCACAGGUAUUGGACAGGGAGAUCCAGGGUAUUGUGCAGAAAGAUUGUUCCAGAGUUUGUUGAUGUUUUGUUCCAAAAAUAAAUCCUACAGGUUUAGUAUCAAUCUGGUUCAUAUGGAAUCAGAGAAAACAAGGAUUGCAACUGAGGUCAUAAAAAGAAUGGUGCAGGGAUUGGUAACAGAUUUUGAGCCAGUCAUGCCCAUCAGAGAUAGACAGAAACAGAAAGCAGGCUCUGAUUCCAAGAGGGGUAAACCUCCAGGAAGACCUUUAUCAGCCUCUCAAUAUCCUAAAUCAAAACCCCAGAUGCUUGUUAGUGGAUCAAAGAGUUACGACUCCAGACGUGCAGAUAAAAAUUAUGGAACUUCUAACAGCACACUAUCAGGAUUUGACAAGGGAAGAGCUAAAAUGCAAAGUCCACCGAGACGUAUGGCACCUUCCAUAAACACCAACACAUCAGUGCCGCAGGGAAUAAGUGACAGUGAUCAUUCUGAAGAUGAGGAACAAUCUUCUUACCCUAAGGACCCAGGAACAAAUGAUACUCAUUCUUGUUCAAGUGAAUCAAGUAACGAAAACCUACCACUGGGAAGACUGAAGAUAUACGAGUACUAUAGCAUGAACAUGCUCGGUGUUGUUGAUGAUCCGGUUACAACAGCUAAAGCAUGGUUUCUGUAUAGUACUAUAGAUAAUCAGACCCAACUGUUGUCAUGGUUGGGUAACAAAAAGUUAGAGCAUGUUCUGUUUUAG